AUGUCGGAUGUAGAUGAUAAUGAAGAUGGUGAAGGUAAUCGUCUAACAGACCAAAGCAUUAUCCCUUUAAAAAAAGAAUCCCGUAAAAGACCUAGUAAAGAUACCCUGAAAAUAAAUUAUCUAGAGCUAAAAUCGCCAAGUUCUUCAACAAGUAGUACCACUUCUCAGGCUGAAUCUAUCACAAGCUCAAUCGAGUACAUGAAAGAUAAUAAAGAGCAUAGAUCUCAAAGAAAACUUUAUAAAGAAGUUAAAAAACAGCUCCCAUCUAAUCUCUCGAAAAAUGCAAUCGAGAAAAGAAUAGAAAGAGCAAGGAAAAUUUAUGACCUUUUUAGUAGCAUAGGUGAGGAUAAAAUACAACGGGUAAGAUUUUAUUUGGCAUUGAGAAUUUCUAAAUUAAGUUGGGAUGAAAUUGAUGCUAUAGAAGAGAAGUUUGAAUGA